GUAGCCACGAGUAAAAAUAUCUCCUUUCAUCCGUCACGCGAUGAGAGAAACAUGAUAUCUCACGUGACACUUUCUGUGGCUUACUUUGCAUGGAAGACGGAGUACACAAAAGGUCUCCUUGCAGGUAACGAAAAGGGGCGAGGGAUGACGAAUGCACUCUUCCCGUCAACACGGUGACAUCAGCAUUACCUGUUUUGACGAUCCCCGAGGAUAUUGUUCACUCUUCCCGUCAACACGGUGACAUCAGCACAACCUGUAAACAUGGACGCAAAGAAGAGAGUCGCCAUUGUUGGGGCAGGCAUUUCUGGUUUGUCAGCCAUCAAGUCAUGUUUGGAAGAAGGUUUGGAGCCUGUGUGUUUCGAACAAUAUGACAACCUUGGAGGUGUUUGGCACUACACGGAGGAAUACAGGGAAGGUCAGGGCGCAAGAGCCUUUGACAAUCUGACAACAAAUAUCAGCAAGGAGAUGUUCAGCUUCAGUGACUUCCCCAUCCCUUCCCACUUUCCGCCAUUUCUGACGUGCAGUAUGGUCCACGACUACCUCAAGAGCUACUGUGAGAAUUUUGGACUCGGCAAACACAUCCACCUCAACACCAAAGUCAUCAACAUCAGGAAGUCAUCUGACUACAACGUUACCGGAAGAUGGGAGGUAGAAACGGAGGAACCCCAGAAGACUCAAAGGGAUAUCUUUGAUUUUGUCAUGAUCUGCUCAGGUUUCUACAAGAAGCCUCGAUUCCCUGACGUUGAAGGAAUGGAUACUUUCAGAGGAAGCAUUGAGCACUCCAUGAAGUUCAAAGAUGCUGCGAGAUACAAGGGCAUGAACGUACUUGUUGUUGGAAACUCAAAUUCCUCUGGAGAUUUGGCUGCCGAGUCUGCUCGCUUCGCACAUCAGGUGUAUUACAGUGUAGGAGAAGGUAUGUGGAUGGUACCAUCGAUUGUGAAAAACGGGAUGCCAUACGAUUUAGUUCUUCUCAAGAGGUCCAACUUGUGGAAUGCUUCAAAGUUUUCAAAGGUGGUGGCAAACAUGUGCAACGACCGACUUGAUCAUGUUCUUGGCGGAAUAUGCCCGUCUUCUCCGCCUUCAAGAAGCAGAAGAAUGGUGAACGAUAAAGUCCAGUACAAUAUCAUGAAUGGAAGGAUUAAAGUUGUCAAAACACUCACUCGUCUUGGACCCCAUGAAGCUGAAUUUGACGAUGGCACUAUCCUCAAGAACUUGGAUGCCAUUUUAUUUGCAACCGGAUAUCAGCUGUUAGUUGACUUCCUUGAUCACGAGGAAUCGUAUAAAGGGGAUAAUGGCAAGCUGAAUCUGUACAAGAUGAUGUUCCCAUUAUGGCACCAUCACACAUUGUCGCUGGUAGGCUGUGUUGACACCACUGGUUCCUUUCCACCAUUAACUGAGCUGCAAGGUCGUCUCGCUGCCAGAGUAUUUGCUGGCUAUCACAGACUGCCUUCUCUUGAAGUCAUGGCGGAUGAUGUGGAAAAGACAAAUUCAUUUGUUCUUCAGAGAUUUGGACGCUACAAAUAUCUGAUGCCAACUAUUAUCUCUUGGGAUGAACUGGCAGCGGACCUGGGUGUUGCACCGUCCUGGUGGGAUCUGAUCAAGGCCGGACCCCGACUCGCCUACCUGUACUACUAUGGGCCUGCCUUCCCCUAUUACCACCGUAUGUGGGGGCCUCAUCCGUGGCGUGGUGCUAGGGAUGCCAUCGACCAUGCACUAGAACAUGGUCACUAUGCCAAGCAAGUGAGGCAUGUCCAGGGACCGGACCAUGAGGGUUCCAGCUUCAUGCCAAGAUUCAUUAUUGUGUCUGUCCUCGCUGUCUUGCUGACUACGAUGUACAAUGGCUGAACGUAUUCCUUUUAAUCAUCACUGUCAGAUGCUAAACAUCAUGACAAAGUACAACAAGAAUUUAAAACAUUUAUUCCAGAUAGUACUGAAUAUUUGCGCUCCAUUUGAUGGUAACCUGACAAAGUUUGGCUUACAGACAAAACGACGAACCUUCGUUGAGCUACCUUUAUAAAUAUUAACUCACAGUUCCUUAUAUCAGGUGAUAGCUCGAUAUGUGUAUGAACUUUACAUCGGCCAAUUACCUGCUUGUGACAGAAUGGGGGUUAAGCUGUCUGUUUCAGAAUGGAGGCCAUUUGUAAGGAUAGUGUGUCCUGCAUCCCGUUACUAGCUAGUAAAGAAAGAAAUGUUAUAUGCAUGUGUGUAUAGCCACCAAUCUUAAAUGUGGUACAAUUAUCUGUCAGAUAGCUGUAAGAUAAUUUGUUAUUCAUGCCAUCUUUAUGUCGAAGCACAUAUCACUACCUUAUUAGGACAGCAUCCUUAAAUACUUGGAGGUUAUAAUGACAACAUGUGGGAUACUUUGUUGGAUAGUUUUAGCAUGGAAGGAUUUUCUGUAGAUUCAACUAUAAAUAGAUUUGGUAAAUGCUUCUUAGAUAUUUGCAUAUCUUUUCGAUAUCAUAACGUCCAGGUUGUGAAUGGGGGAUGUGGAUCAGACGCAUAUGUGGGGAUUUCGCUUUUAUGGGGGAUUAAGGCACUAGCGUGUAUUAUAAUAUAUUAUGUUCAUCUGAGUUAUUUGAUAAAUGAUGUAGGUUUGACAUUGAGUCGCCACAUCUUCCUCUCACAAUGGAUUGACAUACGUUGAUGCAUCUGGACAGGAUAAAAGUGAUCCAAUUAUUAAUGAAUCGUU